CAGGUGAAGACUGAGCGAGAGCAGGCCCGCACAGAGAUGAAAGACCUUCAGCAGCAGCUGUCUGAGAUGCAUUGACGAGCUGGACCUGGCUAAGAACACAACACAGGCCGACAGCACAGAGAAACAGCUCCUUCUAAAGGACCUGGCCCAGGUGCGGUUGGACUUCCAGGAGCUUAUUCAGGUACAGGAAGAGCAGGAGGUGCUGCUACACUGGAGGGAGAGGGAGCUGACCGCCCUGAAGGGAGCGCUGAACGAGGAGGUGGAGAGUCAUGACAAGGAGCUGGGCAUUAUGAAGGAGGUGCGCGACAGGGAGGUGCAGAAGCUCCGAGAGGAAGUUGAGGAGGUGAAAGAGAGUAACACAGUGCUGGGCCAGGACAAGAGGGAGAUGGAGGAGGAGAGAGGGGAGGCACGGGGACAGGUGAUUCAGCUGAUGCAGGAGAGGGAGGAACUGAGGGGACAGGUGGAGGAGCUAGAGAGCAGGGUGGAGCAGCUUAACCUCGUCAUCAAGGACUCCAAAACCCUGCAGAGACAGCUGGUGAAAUGCAUAGAGCAACUCAAGAGGGAGAAACGGCAGGUUGAGGAGACUCUAGUGGAGGUGAGGGAGAAGGAAGAGGAGAUGUCCCAGGCAAACAAAGCCCUUCUCGUACGUCUGGAGAAUGUACAGAGCGAGAUGACCCAGCUGAACCACCAGCACAGGGAGGUGAAGGAGAGGCUGAAGGAGGAGAGGAGAAGAACAGAGGAGUUGAAGAGGAUAAAGAGUGAUCUGGACGAGGAGAGGAGACUGCAGAACAGCACUGUGGAGGAACUGCAGAAGGAGAUGAGUACUAUAGUAGAGGGCUGUGAGGCGUCCACUGAGAAGCUCCAGCUCCAGGUUGAUGAAGUCAGAGAGAAGAGCCACUCCGCGCUGUCUGAGCUCCAACAACAGCUGCAGGAAAAGGGAGUGGAGCUGGAGAAAUCCCGACAGACCGCCAGAAAACUGCAGGAAGAGCUGCUUCCCCUGGAGCAGGGUCUGGAGCGGGGUCGUAGAGAGUGGGAGGAGGCCAGCAGAGAGGCAGACAGCUGGAGAGGAAGGUGGAGAGCUGGAGGAGAGGAACGCACACGCCCACGAGGACCACGCCCGACAGGUCAAACUCAUGGAGGGUGAGGUGAGCCAUCUGGAAUGUGAUCUGAGUGAGGAGAGGAACAGUGCAGAUCUCCUGAUGGACAGAGUGGACCAUGGGAAACAACAGGCCAGUACACACACAGGGCCCUCCUCCACCAAUGGCAGACAGCCAAGCAUACAAUGUAGCCUGGGUCAUAGAAUCAUGCUAGAUGACUCAGACUUUACAUUAACACAUUUAGRUCUGAAUGCUCACGUUUCCUGCUCUGCCUUUAGUUGCUGGCUAAGGAAGUUUUUUCCCAGUUUUGUUCUCAAGUUUACACUGUUUGUGAAAUGCUGACACAACUGUGUGUGUGCUUGUUGGUGAAGUAGGCCAUGGGAGCAGAUCGGUUCAGACUAAUUGACACAACUCUGUUUUGGUUUCCCUGAAAAGACAAAGAAGAGCUAACUAUUCUGAGCAAUGAUGUCACCUAUUAUUUAUUCUCCCUUUACUGGCGAGUUGGAGAGAGCGGUCUCUCACUGGCAGUAGAGGAGACAGUGUUUGGGUCCUGUCUCACUGGCAGAGGAGACGGUGUUUGGGUCCUGUCUGACUGGCAGUAGAGGAGACAGUGUUUGGGUCCUGUCUGACUGGCAGUAGAGGAGACAGUGUUUGGGUCCUGUCUCUACUGGCAGUAGAGGAGACGGUGUUUGGGUCCUGUCUGACUGGCAGUAGAGGAGACAGUGUU